UUCCACAACUUCCACCGGCACCCGCAGACAUGCUCGCCCGUCAAGUCUCCCGCGCCCUCCUUCGACCACAAGCCGCACGAUGCGCGUCCUCUGCAUCGCUGUCGUUGAACGGUGUAUCGUCCGAACUCCGAACUGAUUGGUCACGAGAAGAAGUGAAGCGAAUUUACGAACAACCUUUGUUGGAACUCGUGUAUCAAGCGGCGACUGUGCAUCGCAUCCACUUCGACCCCCGCGAAGUCCAACAAUGCACGUUGUUGUCGAUCAAGACAGGUGGAUGCACGGAAGAUUGCAAAUACUGCUCUCAAUCAGUCAAGCACAAGACGUUCGUGAAGCCCGAACCCCGCAAGAAGGUGGACGAAGUGCUUGAAAUGGCCGCGCGCGCGAAAAAGGCGGGCAGCACGCGCUUUUGCAUGGGAUCUGCGUGGCGCGAAGUGGGCAAAAAGAACGCGUUCAAUGACGUGUUGACGAUGGUGCGCGAAGUGAACAGCAUGGGAAUGGAAGUGUGCUGUACAUUGGGCAUGUUGACGGAAGAGCAAGCUGUGCAGCUCAAGGAAGCGGGCUUGGCUGCGUACAACCACAACUUGGACACAAGCCGGGAGCAUUACCCCAAUGUCAUUUCCACACGCACGUACGAUGAUCGAUUGAACACGAUCGCGAAUGUGCGCAAGGCGGGCAUUUCCGUGUGCUGCGGCGGCAUUUUGGGAAUCGGCGAAAAGGAACAUGAUCGCGUCGCGUUGUUGCACACGUUGGCGACGAUGGAAGAACAUCCUGAAUCCGUGCCAGUCAAUGCCUUGGUGUCUGUGGUGGGCACGCCGUUGGCCUCGGAGGACUUGCCGCCCGUGACCGCGUUCGACAUGGCGCGCACCAUCGCAACGGCGCGCAUUUUGAUGCCCAAGACAAUGGUCCGAUUGAGUGCCGGUCGCAUGUCGUUCUCGGACGCUGAACAAGGACUGCUUUUCAUGGCUGGCGCGAACUCGAUCUUCAACGGGGACACGCUUCUCACGACCGCGAACCCGGCCUUCGAAAAGGACAACGCGUUGUUCACGGACCUUGGACUCGUGGGCAAGCCGUCGCAUGUCGCGUCCAAGAAGACGCCGUAUGUGGUCAAGGUGACCCAUUCACGCAGCGACGACGCCGCCGCCGAACCUCAAGUCGCGUCCAUGUAAAUAUGCCUCAACGUAAUGUAGUAGACCCUCCACGAACCAUCUCCUUGUCCAUCAUGUUGGUCCGCAUGAUGAUGCAAUGACAAUCCUACGGUACUUGCUGGGCAUCGAAAUAAUUGAACAAUGACCCCAUCCAUCCAUUUACAGUAUUGGAGAUGUCAACGCUGCA